CAUGCAAGAAGAUGAGACAUUAAUGGCAGAAACAUUAAUACAUUAAUGGCUGAAACAUUAAUACGUGACAGUCCUCUUCACUAUACAGCGUACUGUUGUGUAUGAGGACGAAGGAUUCAGCUGAUUUUGCGGAUUAAUACGUUUAUUUUUCGGAUCACGCCAGCCAAACGGCUGCAGAAAAAUCAUUCUGUAUGAGGGAGAGGCAUAUGCGCCUUUUUGGAGUUUGAAAAGGUUCCCAUUCACCGUGGAUAUUUACUGUGGGACCAUUGGACUUACGAGGAAUUCUUUCACAGAAAUGAUGAGCUAACCGUUGAACUCGGUUACAGGAAGCCGUGCCAUCUCGAGACCGUCCAACCGCAGUGAAGCUCCUCCUAUCCGAUGUCUCCACAGGAGCUAGCGACGCAGGAGUGUGGCACAGCACUGUGCCUGUCCGUUUACGUCAUCACCUUCGUGCUGGGCUUCCCAGCCAACGUUCUGGCCUUCUACACAUUCUGCAGCAAAGUCCGCCAAAAGGCCACACCCAUCGACAUCUUGCUCCUCAACCUGACCAUCUCGGACCUUCUCUUCCUGCUAUUCUUGCCCUUUAAGAUGCAGGAGGUGGUGAACAACAUGCGGUGGGACAUGCCCUACCCGCUUUGCCCUCUAUCGGGUUUCAUCUUCUACAUGACUAUCUACAACAGUACCUUCUUCCUGACUGCCGUCAGCGUGGAGCGCUACCUGGGUGUGGCAUUCCCCAUCCAGCACAGCCUCAAGCGUCGGCCACUCUACGCCGUCGCCGCUAGUGUCUUUUUCUGGAUCUUCUCCUUCAGCCACCUUAGUAUCGUCUUCAUCAUGCCCUUCAUCGGAACAGAAGACGAGCCCGUCACCACCACGGUGGAACCACACACAGCCGCUACAACGCACGACACUGUUACAACACACAACGUCGACACUCCGCAUCCAGGUCCCAAGGAAGUUUGCUACGAUAACUUCUCUGACGCCCAGUUGAAGGUGCUCUUGCCAGUCCGGCUGGAGCUGUGCCUGGUUCUCUUCUGCAUCCCAUUCCUCAUCUGCAGCUACUGCUACAUCAACUUCAUCCGGAUCCUGUCGCGCUUGCAGCACAUAGACCGACGGAGGCGUCUCCGUGCUAUCGGGAUGGCGCUUGGCACUCUUGUGGUUUUCGCCGUUUGCUUCGGUCCCUACAACGUCUCGCACGUGGUGGGUUUUAUCACCUGGAAGAACCCCCAGUGGCGUGAUAAGGCCCUGCUGUGCAGCACUUUCAACGCCUGCUUGGACCCGCUGAUCUUUUACUUCUCGUCAUCAGCUGUCCGGGGUACGGUGGGCAGCGUGACUGGGGUGCUAAAAGCUCGUCUGAGCGGGUGCCUGUCCUGCCGGGCCCCGAAACAGAGCGUGGACGAUAAGGACAGCAAACAAGAACAGAUAAAUGCUAUCUAACAGUGAUUUAUUUCUUUAUCAACACCGGCAGCAGGAAAUUAAUGUAAUGUUUAUGUUUGUUGCACGUGAGUCGCCUCUUCGGGGAUGUUGUGACGCCGUGUGUCACUUCCCCAAAGGACCGCUUCCUCUCAGGAUGAGCAAAGCCUCAUAAACAGGCGGCAAUAUUGUCACAUUUUAAUGAGCUCUUACAAUGAAUGAAUGUGGACAAAGACAUGAAUGGGUUAGGGCUUCGACUGUGGUCAGGAUUUGGUUGGUCGUUUACUGUUUGGUUUAGAAAUGGUUGGGGUUGAUCUCAGGUGCAGGGGUUUAAGAGAAACUAUAGGAUUAUGUGUAACAGUCUAGCGGUCAUCCGUUACUAUAGAUGCUUUAAGACAUAAUAUACUGCAAAAUUACUGUGUGCUUUGGCGCGCAAUCUACCCAAUCAUAGCUUUCAGACAUUGAGCUGUUAACUACAAUUUUCCUGGCUAGGCUGCUUUAAGACAUGCAGCGUGCUGGUAUAUAGAAUUGAAAUACGGUCAUGACAUGAUGCCUGUUUACUUUUCAGAUACCACUGAAGAAAGUUUAUCUACUGUACAGUACUGUACUGAAUCUGACCCAUUCAUUUAAAAAACAAACAAACAAUAAACAGGUAGUACCCGGGUUAUGAACGAGCUCCGUUCCUAUGGUGGCGAUGUAACCCAAAUUUCCGCG